AUGACGAGAAAGUUUGGUCAAGGACCUUUCCAGUUCCUCCUCCAUCCAGGCAAGGCUCAUUCUCCUUCUCCUUCUUCUGUUCUUCAUUCCUUUUCCUUCUUUCGUUCUUCAUGUUCUCUUCCAGCAUUUCUUUGUGCUUUCGGGAACCGAAAUUUUGAGGGUCGUGUUCAUGCCUUAACAAGGGCCAACUACCUUGCUUCACCUCCUUUAGUGGUUAUUUAUGCCUUCGCUGGCACUGUUGAUAUUGACUUCGAUAAGGAGCCAAUUGGAACAGGGAAGGAUGGUAAGAGUGUAUAUUUUAUGGAUAUCUGGCCAUCUACUGAAGAAGUUGCAGAGGAUGUUCAAUCCAGGGUCUUGCCGAAUAUGUUCAAAAGUACUUAUGAGGUUAUUACAAAGGGAAAUCCCAUGUGGAAUCAUAUAUCAGUGCCUUUUUCCACUAUGUACUCAUGGGACCCCAACUCGACUUACAUUCAUGAGCCUUCAUACUUCAAGAACAUGACUAUAGAGCCACCUAGUGCCCUUGGUGUAAAGGAUGCCUACUGCUUACUGAACUUUGGUGACAGCAUCACAACAGAUCAUAUUUUGCCAACAAGAAGUAUCCAUAAGGACAGUUCUAUUGUAAAAUUCUUACUAGACUGUGGAGUGGAGCGCAAGGACUUCAAUUCACAUGGAAGUCGUCGUGGUAACAAUGAAGUGAUGGCUCGGGGAACUUUUGCUAACAUCCGCCUUAUGAAUAAGCUGUUGAAUGGGAAAGUUGGACCUAAGACAAUACAUGUCCCCACAGGAGAGAAACUAUAUGUAUUUAAUGCAGCAAUGAGGUAUAAAAAUGCAGGACACGACACCAUUGUUUUGGCUGGAGCUGAGUAUGGAAGUGGUAGCUCCCGAGAUUGGGCUGCCAAAGGCCCAAUACUAUUGGUUGAAUUGGCCUACUUCAAUAAUGGUGGUAUACUUCCAUAUGUUAUCAGAAACUUGAUUAAGUAG